UCGUAUUGUAUAAUUUUCUCGUUACGACAACUUCCUCACGCUCUCGCACAUCAUAAAACCCACCUAAAUGCCUGAAAACCAACACUCCCCUCCCACUUCUUGACGUCCCAAGAUCCCCGGAUGUCAUUCGCUCCGCACACAACCUCCGCCGCCGGCUACGGCGGCGCCAGGAGCCUUGCGCCUACCAUGAGCUCCAUUUUUACCACCACCCAAUACUGGUUCGUGAACCACCCCUACAUCAUCAACUUCUCCUGGAAACAGGACCGCACCUUUGGCUCCUCCCAUCUCUUUCUGGCCCUCACCGUCCUCUCCUACCUCGCCGUCACUUCGCUCCUCUACUACGCCCAGCUCUCAGUCAAGCCGCAGCUCCUCAGAGCCGUCACAGCCGUCCACAACCUCGUCCUCUUCACCCUGUCCCUCGCCAUGACCGUCGGAUGCGUCCUCUCCAGCAUCUCCCACGCCCCUAGCCUCCACUGGAUCAUCUGCUUCCCCAAGAACACGCCUCCCUCCGGCCCCGUCUUCUUCUGGGCCUACGUCUUCUAUUUAUCCAAGAUCCUCGAGUUCGUGGACACCUUCUUGAUCAUACUCAGCGGGUCCAUCAGGCGGCUCUCGUUCCUCCACGUUUACCACCACGCGACGGUGGUGAUCAUGUGCUACGUGUGGUUGAACACCUCGCAGUCUUUCUUUCCAGUGGCUCUGACCAUCAACACGUCGGUGCACGUGUUGAUGUACAGCUACUAUUUCCUGUGCUCGGUGGGGGUGCGUCCAAAGUGGAAGAAGUUGGUGACCCACUGUCAGAUUGGGCAGUUCUGGUUCAGUUUCUUGGCUUUCGGUUUGGUGUUGUAUUGCCAUUUCACUGGGCUAGGCUGCUCUGGGAUCUUGGGUUGUGGCUUCAACAUGUUGUUCUGCGCUUCCCUUUUGGUUCUCUUCAUUGACUUCUACUCCAGGAACUACGUCAAAUUGAAGCCAAAAGGUGCUUAAUCAGGACAGAAGAACGUGGGGGAAUACAUGCAGAAUUUGAUUAAGGACUUUUCAAUUCUUUGCUUUCGUGUGUUUUUCGCUCUCUUUAUUGGGCUUCUCACUCUUGGUUCUGAACAUUUCCUAGAGUCGGAUGGCCAGCAAAUGCAACCAAAGCAAUAUAAUUUCCUGUUCUAGUGAUUUGCACAAGUGGUUUGAAUUUCUCC